ACUACAUCCCUCCUCUCUCUCACUCCCCCUCCCUCUAUCACUACAUCCCUCCUCUCUCUCACUCCCCCUCACCUCUUCCCUUUCAUUCAACUCUCUCCAUCUCCCUCUGAGCUGGACCUCUCCGGGCUUUUCUCCUCUCUACUGGACACUGUUGUUCGGUGUCCCCCGGGCCAGAUACUUCGUGACCCAUCGUGCGGAAGUAGCCAUGACCGAGCCCGCCCUGCAGCACCCGGCGCCCGCAGAGCCCCCUUCUCCACGCCGCCCUCGCCUCCAGCCCGUCCAGGUACCUCGCCUCCCACAGCGCCUUACCUUGCCUCGCAGGGACUAGAUACCUCUUUCUGCGUCUCAUAUCUUCAAAUUCGUCCAAUGUGGAAUUCUCCCAGAAGAAAGUUAUUGACCUAGUAUAAGCCUUAUUGUAGCACCAAAACACCAGGACGAACGUGAAUUACACAUAAGGUAACGGGGGAGUCGAUUGGACUUCCGCAGCUGUGAGCCGUGAAGGCGCUUUCACCUGUUCCUCUCAAGCCCGGAGGCUGCAGCUGUUUAAUGUCCUAACCUCUCCCCGCGCUCCGCCCCUCCCCGCUCCACCAGCCAUAGUGACAGCCAAGAAAGGUAGCUCUCUGGUCAUAGUGGCACGGCCACCCCGCCCCGCCACACCCCAACCACCCACCGCAAGCGUCUGCCAACGAGAGUGUCCGCUGACUCUUUGACCCUCCACUCCAUCCAGCGGAUUAUAAACACACAAGUGAACUCUCCGGACUGUCGGACCGGCUCUGACCGACAAGGAGACUGACUCUGGGCGAAGUUCCGUAGUGGAGGGGGGAAGAGAUGCGGUCCCUUCUCUCCACGAUCGCUGUCUUAUGUAUCCAGAUGUUGCUGGUGAUGUGCAAUCCAUUGCAGCAGGUGUUUGGCGUGGAUGGGGUUAACUUCAGCGUGCACGUGGAGAACCAGACCCGGGUGAGAGAUGCUAUGAGCCGGCGGCACCACCGGGUCUACCAGCUCUACAGUCGCACCAGCGGUAAACACGUCCAGGUGCUGGGUAGACGCAUCAGUGCCCGCGGAGAUGACGGAGACAAAUAUGCCCAGCUUGUAGUGGAGGCUGACACCUUUGGUAGCCAGGUGAGAAUCCGCGGCAAAGAGACCAACUUCUACCUGUGCAUGAACCGCCGCGGCAAGCUGGUGGGAAAGAAGGCCAGUAAUAAAAGUGAAGACUGCGUGUUUGUAGAAAAGGUUCUGGAGAACCACUACACCGCACUAAUGUCGGCGCGAUACGCCGGCUGGUACGUGGGCUUCACCAAGCGGGGGCGCCCUCGCCGCGGCCCCCACACGCUGCCCAACCAGCAGGACGUCCACUUUAUGAAGCGCUUCCCACCAGGGGAGUACCCCGAAACCACGCCCUUCCGCUUCACAACAGUCAACAAGAGGAGUAAGAGGGUCCGUGCCCCCGUGACCCGCUAACGCUAACGGCUACCAUCCAUCUACUGCCCAUUGCCGCCUGUACCUGCUUCUCCACUAAACGCUAAUGGGAUAACAUUGACCCUUCCUCUGGCCUUUAAUACAUGAUAAGUGGCUAAUUAGCGCCAUUGGACCCGGCUAACAUCAACUGCACCUGUUUCUGAAGCUAAUAGAUAAUGGACCAGUGCUACACAAACACUCCUUACCACCUGACCCCACCUACUGGGACAACAUGUACUCUCCUCCAGACCCUGGCUGGUAGGCCUACUAACUGGGCUAGUAGCACAGUACACCCCCUAACUUGACACUUAAUAAUAACUUUAUUUGUAUAGCGCUUUUCAAUACAAGUAACAAAGUGCUUCACCUCAUAAAAUAAUCAAAUGAAAGUACUAACAAACUAGAACAAGCCUAUAGCCCUGCUACUAGCCCGUCGACCUGGCCCACUCCCCUGCAAGGCCCAGAAGCUAUGACAAGGCCCCUGAAAGGUAGCUAAACUGACGCCCAGGCUUUUCACCUUAUGUAGGCCUGGUUUCCCUCCAACCCCCAAGCUUGAACAGAACGGUGCUAUUGCACUGUCCCUUAGCAGUGGCUUGUUAAGCUCUGCUUUAGAACAAACAUACGAAAACUGGUCACUUGGCUGGUUUAGCACGCACCUCUGCGUUAAGGUAAACGUGAUUGCUCUGAUAAAAUAAGAAUGACUUCAGUGUGUUUAAACUCCUUAAAAUCACUUUGAAGAUUAAAAUGUAGCUAAGCUAGCGACACUGGAAUAGCCCCAACCUUUCUCCCAGGCUUGGACCAGAGCAGCUAUCCAACACUGUCCAGGACUGGAUGAUCGCCAAUGAUGGAGCGAAAGACCGUGAGACGAGAGACAGACAGAACGAAGGACAGACUGACAGAGAGGGGGACAGACUGGAGGUCUAUGGGACAGUGGCACCAUGAGAGAAAUGGUGGAGAAACAGGUGGACAAACAGGAAACAGGAAGAGGAACACAGGAAGUCAGUGAAGCGGAGGAUAAAGCCACAGAACAGGCCAGAAAGGCACCGUGGUGGAAUGGAUGGACUGCUUUGGAUGCACUUCUCUCUGCCUCACUCCCCUGGCGAGGACAAUCUGUGUGAAUGAUUGUAUGUACAUUGUGUGAGUGUAUGUGUCAGUGUAAGGGCACCAAAGACCAUUUGUGAAGCUGUUUGGGGGGAAUCUGCCCUGUAUAACCUCCCCCAACGACUCACUAAAGGGACUGAAGCUUUAAGAACCAGAAUGUACAAACCAAGCUGCACCCAAAGUAAACCAACUCUAAUGACCACCAAAGACAACUGGAGACCAGCAACUCCCCAAGUCCCACCCCCAGGACAGAAUUCCCUCUUCUUAUAGGACCAGAGGGUGAUGACGGGUGCAUGGGGGGGUGCCUUCUCUUCAUAUUAGUGUUGCUAUAGAAACGACCCAGGGGAUGACUCUCCUGUGCGAUACCAUGGAUACAGAAUGCUGCUACCAGGACAUUCACUAAAGCAUCAAAGUCUCAUACACAAAAUAUUAAAGGGAACAAUUUAUGAAAAGUUAUAUAUAUAAAGAUGACAAAAAAAACAAAAUAAGCAAUCUUACUAUGAUUGUCACUAUAAUUGUUAUUAUAAAAUGAUUAGUAUUUAUUUCAGUUCUGUUUGCUGAAGUCUUUCUAGAGUCAGUAAAGGUCACAGA